CCAGGCUUCAAUACGUUGCACAUUUCAGCUGCCAAAUGGAAAUGUCCAAGCUGUUUCUCUCCUUUGUUAUCUGUCAAGUCUUGUUUUUCUUCCCUGUACCAAUGCAAGGUGUUCGUGGAAAUGCAAACCUCUUCCGGAAGUACAUUGGAUCUGAAUCCAAAAAUGUGACAUUCUAUGAUGUACCAAUCAAUCCAGGCAUCCAAUUUCACUUCGUUCUUGCAUUUGCCAUUGACUAUGAUUCCUCUUCAUCUCCAUCUCCCACCAGUGGAAGAUUCAAUGUUUUCUGGGACAGCAAUAAUCUUAGCCACUCUCAUAUCUCUUCCAUUAAGAAUCAGCAUUCAAAUGUCAAAGUGACAUUGAGCCUUGGAGGAGAUACUGUUUUGGAAAACUAUUGUGCUGACUUUCAACCUUUUUCAGUUGAUACCUGGGUUUCUAAUGCUGUUUCUUCACCUACCAGCAUCAUCAAAGAGUACAAUCUCGAUGGCAUUGAUAUUGACUAGGAGCAUUUCAAGGCAGAUCCUAAUACAUUUGCAGAGUGUAUUGGGCAACUCUUAACAACCCUAAAGCGUAACAGGGUAAUAUCAUUUGCUUCAAUAGUUCCAUUUGAAGAUGAUCAAGUCCAGAGCCAUUUCUUGGCUCUAUAUGUAGAAGAGUUGUGGACACCUUAUAGAUUAUGUGAACUUCCAAUUUUAUGCAUAUAAUAACAGGACAACAAUUUC